GUAGUGGUGAGGCUGACUGACUCCGGUUGUGUGUACUUGGAGCUGCCUCAGACGCCCUGCAUCCUCUUUCCUCCCUAUCCUACAGUCUCUUCUUUCCGGUACCCAUCCUGAUUCUCCUCGCUCGAGUUCUAUUUUUCCAGUUCUAAACCUUGAAAAAUGGAUUCCUAACGUUUGGAUCAAGGAGAAACAUGGAUUCGCUGUACAUUUUUCUCGUCCUGCUUGCUUUCCAAACCCAUUUCCUUGCUUUUGCAGACAGAAAAUUCGGCUGUCUUUUUGAGAAUGAGUUGUGUACACCCUAUGAGAUCUGUGUCAAUGACGGCAUGUUCGGGAGGUGUCACUCUCCACCGGUAACGGAGAGCUACACUUACGACGUCUCUCCGUCUGUGGUGCAACGCUUCCGGAGUCUUCUGCAGAAGCUCUCUGACAGAGGUUUGACAUGGGGGGAUGACAUCACUCAGGAGAUCCUGUCCAAGGAGCUGUCGAAGCUCAGGAGAGUCCCCGUCCCUCGCCUGGAGUCUGGCCCCGUCUACAGCAGCAAGUUCAGACCGGCUGCCCAGGCUAUGGACCAUGGAGACAGGAGGAAUAAGCCAGUGGAGGUGGAACUCACUAGAAACCUCCAGAUGUACCUGCAGCGUCUGGGCCUCCUCCCACAUACCUCCUCCUCCAUUGGCCCAAAGACCCCCACUAAGAGCGACCGUUUCCAAUCUAACAUCCCCUCUGACUACUAUCGCUCCAAGUCCCAGAAUCAACAGUCAUUGUCCUCCAACUUCCACCCCCUCUCCUCCUUCCAACCCCCCUACCAAGAGAGACCCCCUGCAGCCAAGCCUGCAGGCCAGGCAGGGCCUCUCCUCAUGGCUGCCCUGAGGCAGUACCUGUCUGGCCAGAUGCCAUCUCAGACAGGGGGCCUGAGCUCCACAGCUCAAGCUGGGGCCUCCUCCCGCCUCCACCCCUAUUAUAGUCACGGUUUAGAAAGUUCCAGACCCAAGGAGAGCUCCAAAGUGGACACACUUCUUCUCAAGGCCGGGGGCAGCCGAGCCCCUCCCGCCAAGGACCCUCUCAGUCCCAUAGACGAGAGAUUCAUCCGGAAAGUUCUCCAGAACGUGGGCCGACACAACGUGGACGUGAACGACCUCGCCCCCCAAGACGUGGACCAGCUGGCUGGCCUGAUAGUCGAUGCACUGCAGGUGGUGGACCAGGACCAGGGCCAGGGCCAGAAGAAGGCCAGGCCAGGCCCAAGGGCCCUGGAGGAGGGGGAGGAGGAUGAGGAGGAGGAGGAGGAGGGAGACGAGCCUGAAGAGGACGAACAGCAGGGCGAGGAGAGUGUCUCUCCAUCUGCCACAGAGAAGACACAGGAGAGCACUCCUGGAGUGGAGGCUGUGCUCCAAGAGCGGCAAUUGGAAAACAGCCCACACCCUGACAGUAACAACAAGGCUCCGGACACCGGCGUCUUAAUCGGCAAACUCCUCGAAUUUCUGGACAAGACCUCCUCCACCGAAUCCCCCCUCCGGAGGGGCGUGGCCUCGGAGGAGGCGGCGGCCUCCAAGGUGGGCCUGGAGAACGUGCGGAGCAAGACCAGCCGCGCCGACGUGACGGUGCAGAAGAAGGCCACACAGACGGCGGCCGUGGAGGAGGUGUCCGAGGUGGACGGCUGGAUCCAGGAGGUGGCGCCCCCUCCCGCCAAGGUUGUGUACGAGGAGCCCCUGAAAAAGAACGUGCACGCGGGGGAGCUGCGGCUCGACGUGAAGCCCGCCGCCGUCGCCAGGAAGGCUAGCGACGACGACUACGGCUACGUCAUCACAGACACCGAACCACUACAGACAGAUGAGGGCCUACACUUGAUGGAGAUCCUGGCUCGAAGGGCCAAGAUACAGAUGACUGACUUCCUGGAGCUCUCGGUGGUGGGCCCAGCAGUGACCUUCAAGGUGAAACCCAACAACCCCCAGAACGUGACCACAGCUGAUGUCGCCAACGUCGCAGUUCAACAGAAAGGCUCUCUGGAAAAGGAAGCCAAAGUCAUCAUUCUGGAGGCUGGAAUCACAGAUAAAUCCAAACUGAACCAGAUCCCAACCAAGUACAGUCAGGCAGAGUCCACCAAGUUCCUUAUCCUGACUGUGGUGUCCAUCCUGUGCAUUGUGGGAGUUCUCCUGGCCUCUUCUGUGAUCUACUGUCUCCGCCACCGCUCCCACCACAAGCUCAAAGAGAAGCUCACCAACCUGGGCUCUGACACUGGCAGCGAUGCUACCGCCACCUAUCAGGAGCUGUGUCGCCAGCGGAUGGCGGUCAAAGCGCCGGCGGAGCGCCCCGAGCCGUUCCAGGCCCUCCAGUCUCGCAUCAACAGCGUGUCGUCCCAGUUCAGCGAGGGGGGCCCGGCCGUCAGCCCCUCGGCCCGCAGCAGCACCUCCUCCUGGUGCGAGAAGCCCGCCCACUCCAACAUGGACAUCUCCACGGGUCACAUGAUACUGUCGUACAUGGAGUCCCACCUGAAGAGCAAGGACCGCCUGGAGAAGGAGUGGGAGGCGCUGUGUGCCUAUCAGGCUGAGCCCAACGCCUCCACCACCGGCCUGAAGGACGGCAACGCCAAGAAGAACCGCUCCAACACCGUGGUGGCCUAUGAUCACUCAAGAAUAACCUUGAAGCUAGAAAACAGUCAAGGCAAUUCUGAUUACAUCAAUGCCAGCCCAAUUAUGGACCAUGACCCGAGAAACCCGGCCUACAUCGCCACUCAAGGCCCUCUCCCCUCCACGGUCGCUGACUUCUGGCAGAUGGUGUGGGAGAAUGGAUGUGUGGUCAUCGUGAUGCUGACUCCUCUGACAGAGAGCGGGGUGAAGCAGUGUUAUCACUACUGGCCUGAUGAGGGCUCCAACCUCUACCACAUCUACGAGGUCAACCUGGUGUCAGAGCACAUCUGGUGUGAUGACUUCCUGGUGCGAAGUUUCUACCUGAAGAACAUGCAGACCAAUGAGACACGCACUGUCACACAGUUCCACUUCCUAACCUGGCUCAACCAGAAUGUUCCGGAAUCCAACCGGACACUCUUGGACUUCCGCAGAAAGGUCAACAAAUGCUACCGGGGACGCUCUUGUCCUAUUAUAGUCCACUGCAGCGAUGGCGCAGGUAGAAGUGGAACAUACAUUCUGAUUGACAUGGUUCUCAACAAGAUGGCUAAAGGUGCGAAGGAGAUCGAUAUUGCUGCCACCCUGGAGCACCUAAGGGACCAGAGAGCGGCCAUGGUCCAGACCAAGGAGCAGUUUGAGUUUGCAUUGACAGCUGUUGCGGAGGAGGUGAAUGCCAUACUCAAAGCUCUGCCACAAUGAGAGUGGCCAAGCCUCAGCACACCCCCGCCCCCUCCUCCCCAAACUGAAACUCCCCUCUGCCCCCCCCCCCACACACUCGUUUCAUACCACCCUCUUCAACUCCCGCUCUUCUUCCACCCCCUUCCACAUUUCCCUCCCUCUUCUCCUCCAAAACACUUCAUGUUUCCCACAAUCCCCUCUCUUCCACGCCCACUCUCUCUCCUCUAAUCUUCUACCCCCUCUUCUCUACUUGUCCUCUGCUCCCUCCUUCUCCUUCAUCUCUCCUUCUUUUUCUCUCCUCUUCCUGUUGCUUCUUGUGAACAUUGUGCCAGAAACCGUGACUGGAUAUUAAGAGUUGAUCCCCUAUGAAGCUUGUAUUUCAAACUGAAGAUUCAUUGCAUUCAAACAACCUUACUGAUUGACCAAUGUUUCUCUCUGUGAUAGAUUUGAAUGUGUUUAUCAUAGAAUUAUUAUUUCUAGAUAUUUAUACAAGUGUGUCUGUAAAAUAUGAUCUGUCCAAACCCCUCUUCCCUUUCUGUAAACAAAAAAGAGUAUUCAGCCAAGUCAGAUUUUAAAUGUCAUAUUCUGUAUCUUCUAAUUUCUUACACUGGAGAUGUACAAAAACAUAUCUAAAUUAUAACUACUCAAUUAUACUAUGGAGAGAUUUAGAUUAUGAACAUGAUGAUUUUGUGCAAUUAUGAGUAACUACACAAGGUGUAUGUUUCCUCUCACUGUUGAGACCUUUACAAUAUGCUUAUAUUGGUUAGCUGUUACAGACAAAACAAAUGAUGAUUUAAAAUGUACUAAUGCCUGCCUUAAAUAAAGCAGUACUAUGAAUGAAAUUGUAUUUUUCUGUUAUUAUAGCAGCUUAUUUAUGUAGCAUAAAUGGUUUAUGUGUGAAUAUUAGCAGCCAAUGUCAAGCCAAGGUAGCAUGGAAAGACUAAAUCUAUUAGUUUGCCCUAUAGGCAUGCUUUGUUAUGUAUCUUUUGAAUCAGUGGGAUAAAACACAGACUACAUUUUUAUCAGACUUGACUGCAAAGUUUUUACUCAUUGUUUUAAUUUCAUGGAAAACGCACAUGGAAACUGCUUAUAGAAACUGGUAAUGACUACUUGUCAGUACAGUACUAAUUAUUUUGUCAAAUUUGUGUAUGCUGUAUUUCUAUCUUCCAUGUGUUUGUGUUUGUGUUUAGAAAUGGUUUUUUCCAUAUUUCAGGCAAAACAAGUCAUAGUAUUACUUUUUGUGCACAAGCCAAGGAUAGUUAAUGAAAUGUAAUUUGAUCUAUGAAUUUCCUAAACUGAAGCUAGUACUCAUGAUGUUAAUAUCCUUUUCCUGUUGUCCUCUAGAAAACCUCAGUUUUUUUUUGUAGAUUGCUGAUCUAUUCCAUUAGUCUGUAUGUACAUAUUAGUCAAAAACACUUUAAUGUUUUUUUUUCAGUAAGAUAAAAUAGCUCUUGUGAAUAAAGUCCCAAUUAUCAAAGGAGUGUUGUAUUGCGAACACAUUGUAUGUGCUUUGGAAACUUUGUUGUUAUUUUCAACAUUUCAUUAUCUCCUUUUAAAGCUUUCUUCAUGUCUUCUCUAGAUUCUGAGUAGGUGGCAAAUAUCUGGUUGAACAACAAUUUUGAGAACUGAUCUGUUAUAUCUGAAUAGUUUAGCCUUUAGUCAUAGCCUUUAAAUUUGCAGUCUGAGGCUUGUCUUCUAGCUCAACAUAGCUUCUUUUGAAAAACAUUGUGCUUCACAUAACUCUCAGAUGAAUUAGCAGAUGUAGAGUAUGUGAAAACUUAU